AUGCAUAGCUUCUUGGUUUCAACAAACAAUACUUCACCGCCACCGAAUGAAUCGAGACAAUUCGCCGAACACCCCAAAGAGACGGGGGACAAAGAUGCUGCGGGCUCUCGCACUAUCGUGAGGAAUGCACAACAUGUGGCAGUUGAUCCAUCGACUGAUAUCUGGAGCGCGGCAUAUCGAGAAGCAGUUGAGAGUCUUGGGGAUAGAAUGACGGCCGCUACAAUGGGGAAAAAUGCUGAAAUGCUAUUCAAAGUGCUGGAAGAUCUUGAAAAGGAGGCUGUUCACGAAUCUGCGUUCUUAAAAGGUGUACAGCACCUGCGUUUCUUGAAGCCUAGCCUUGACAACUUCAAAGUGGCAUUGGAUUUAGCGAGCCCACUGACAAACAUCGAACCAACUGCAUCGGUGGUCUUCGGAGUACUCAGAAGCGUGACGGCGAUUGCUAUUCUGCUUGCAAACGCUGAUAUGGAAUUUUCCAAACAAAUUGCAGAUAUGUUAGAACGAAUCUCUUACAUUGACGAGUGCGAUACGAUGGGGCAGAGAAUUGACCGAAGUGAUAUUCACAAGGCACUUGUUGUCGUGUAUCAAAAGGUGCUAGAGUUUUAUGACGCCGCUUUGAAAUUGAUAACCAGGAAGGGCGCAAGCCUGGCAUUGAGAAUGGCGUGGGAGAACGAUCACCUUGCCACCAUCAUCCAGGAAUUCCUGACAAGCGCUGAUAAACUCGAAAAAAUCAUAAAUAAAGCGACUUUGGAAAUUAUAGACGAUAUCAAAAUGAUGUUGUAUGACCAGGAUUUCUCUCGGUGGCUCAGAGCCGACAAGCUCGCUUUGCAAACUGAACUUCGCAGCAAUUGGCGAGUAACUCGAGCUGAUCAGGCCUGCGAAUUCUUGCUUCAGGACCCCCGCUUUAAAAGCUGGUAUGAUGCUACAGAGUCUCGGCAGCUAGUAAUCUUUGGCGAUGUGGGCCACGGAAAAUCCGUUGCAAUGGCGUUUCUUGCAGAGAUGCUGAGUCACAAGAACAAUCAUCGUCUACCCAGCCCUGUACUAUGCCAGUACUACUGUCGAGAUCACGAGACAGGGAAGCCUACCUCUGUGCUCUCUGCUUUGACCUAUUUGCUUCUAACGAAGCUCAAAGGUCUCCAAAAGCCCUUCCAUGAGCGUUAUAAGCAGCAGGCUCAAGAUUUAGGUCUCGAACCGUCAUUGGACAUUAUCACGAUGGAAGACAUGUUGCAAAACAUGCUUGAAACGAUUGAUCGACCGGUCAUUUUCGUCAUCGACGGCUUGGAUGAAUGCGAUCGUGACUCGCGGCAACGACUUCUCAAAUUUCUGAAGCUUGUGUCGGAAAAAACUUCGAGACUUAAGAUUAUUCUAUCUUGUCGUCCACAUGAAGAUAUCAUGAAACGGUUGGACAGUGUGACCAAGAUCCAGCUGAAUUCUGGCCCGAAGCGAGACCGUAUAAUUGUUGAGAAAGCCCUUGAGGCGCUUGACUAUUUAUCCCCGGAGAUCCUGGAACUCUUGAAAGAAAAUCUUUCUCAACGAGCGCAAGGGAGCGCUAUAUGGACGAAGAUGACAACAGAACUUAUCCAACUUCUUUCUUACUCGACCAAGUCUUCGAUAGAAAGUUUCUUGGAGGAACUGCCUCUUCCCGGACAGCUCUCGGACGUCUAUACAUCAAUCCUUCUGCAAACCACCGGUGGCAAUCAACAAAAUUGGCAACUUGCCAUCACAGCUCUCAACAUUGUCGACGCUAGCCGCAGGGCUUUGAGCAUAUUAGAACUAGCUUGGGCUGUUGCACUGGGACUUGCGCCGGGAGUCAACACUCUGGAGGCCCUUGCAAAGAAAGUUCAGCACGAACGAGUCAUGAGACUUAUUCACCCAUUCAUUGCCUCUCCCGAUUAUGAUCAGCUAAGGAAGCACCAGCUCCGACUCACACACCAUUCUGUGAAAGAGUGGCUAUCUGAACAACCUGAUUCAAAGGAAUCAGGCUCGAAAGUGAUUCACCAAACAAACUAUGCCCCAAAACAUAUAGAGUCAUUCAUGCUUGACAUCUGUGUCAAGUAUCUGCUUUUGGAUAAAAUUGGUCAGAUUGAGCUGUUUUCAGAAGAGCAAGCAGCAUUUGUGGAAUUGCCUCGACUUCAAAGCACAGCUAGCGAUGAUGAUUUGCCGCGAGAAUAUGACCCAAACUGCACGUGGGAGUAUUUCGAAGAAGAUAUGGCUCGAUUUGACCCGGUUGAUCGAGGCCUUGGCGAGCUGUUUGUCUACGCCUCAUGCCACUGGACUUCGAAAUUGGAUUCUACAGAAUUCUCGUCCGACUUGUACGAUGUUACCCCGAUUUGA